AUGUUCUCCUCCCGCUUCAACCCGCCGCCCUCUUCGAGCAAGAGCUUUUCCAAGAGCCACAAGCCCGCCAAGUCCAGCUCAUCCUUUAGCAAGGAGGCCGGCAUCUCAAAGCGUCGCCACGAGUCUCGCCACGACUCCCGUCGCCGACCAGCAACGGCAUCAACCGCCGCGGCAGAGGCAUCAUCUCCCACAAUUGAAAGCAACCUGACAUCCGCCAUCGUCACUCUGGUGGUGGGCGAGGAGCAGAGGAUCUUCGCAGCGCAUGAGCACGUCCUCAGCCACUCUCCCUUCUUCGAGGCCGCGCUCCGGGACCAGUACAUGGAUUCCCAGUCCAAGCGGCUCGCCCUGCCCGACGAGGAGCCCGAAAUCUUCUCGUCGGUGCUGGAGUACCUGUACAAGGGUGACUACUACCCGCGCCUCGUUCACAACAAGCGCCGCAACUCCUGGGAGCUGGAGCCCGUCGAGGGCGACGGCCGCGGCGGCGGGUCGCUCGCCAUUCACCAGGGGCCCGACGGUGAGCUCCUAAAGGACACCGUCAUCUACUGCGCCGCCCAGAAGUACGGGCUAGAAGAGCUGAAGCGUGUCGCCCUGCGAAAGCAAGGCCUUCAGUCGGGCAUCCAGUGUAGCACCAUCCUCACGUCUGCCCGCUACGCCUACGCCAACACCCCCGACACGGACUCCAAGCUGCGCGCCCACUACCUGGCCCUCAUCAUCCGCAGCCGCAGCACCUUCAAGCGCAGCGGCACCAUGCAGCUCGAGAUGUACAACGGCGGGACGCAGCUCUUCUUCGACCUGUUUGUCGCCCUGUGCAACCACGUAGACGACAUCGCCACCGCACAAAGCACGCCUCGCAGCGGUCGCCACUCCUAGGCCCCCCAUAGUUGCUGUCGCACCCCUCAGCCAAUGCUAUCGUCGCCCAUCUCAAGCCCUGCCUUUCUGCUUGCUGCCUUGUCCAAGUAUCACGCGCAUCGUGCAUCUUCCAAAGAAAAGACAAAUACCCCACGAAAAAAAAAGGAGAGAAACAAUACCCUGGUCCACCCGGCAAUGCCAGCCUCUAAUGAUUUACGCCCCUUCUCUAACUCAUCCUUGCCUUUCUCCUCUUCGAUACGACAAAAAAAAAUCCUUGGCUUUUAUGGAUCUUUCAAAUGCCGUUUCAUUUCCCCCUCUUCUCCUCCUUACAUCAUUUUAUUCCUUUUCAAGACUGGGAACGACAAACCGGUGUUGCGGACUUCUUUUUCUGGCGGCAUGAUUUUGGUCCUUCAUCAUUUUUGCCCAUUCCUGCGUCAAUAUCCCGUCGAUUCUCUCCAGACUCGAGUUGCGUGCAUUUUUUCAAUCGUCGCUACUGUUUAUCCGCCUUUCGCUGUACCAUUAGACUCAUUUUCUGUCGGGAACUCUGGUAUGAGAGCGGGGCGAGGCAAGUGCCUGCCAUCUCCUUGCCUUUUUAUUAUUUUUUUUAUUUCCUUUUACAUGUUUGUCUUGUUUGGAUAUCUGGGCACUGUAUUUCUAACCGACAUCUCUCGUGUCGGUCAAUUUUUCUGAUCCAUCUUUGCCCGCUUUUUGAGAUAUCCCACACUACGACGCUGGUGUAUACGGGGAUGGGGCUUGGGCUGAGGGAUGGGACGUUACUACAAAGAUUGCACCGCAAGGACGAAACUGUAUCAAUAUCCUUCUCAACACUCUUUGAUGGCCUCUUGACAUCUGGUCAAACCCUCCUCUGGGAGAAGCACAUAAUGCAGCUCGUUCGGUGCCAUUUUUUCGCCCCGGUGUUCCAAUGAUAGGCAAUUUGUUUUGGAGUAUUAACCCUAUAUCAGGA